AUGCCAAAUGCAUACCCCACCCCUCUAGUCAUCCCACCGCUGGAAGAGCAUACACACACUAUAAUUUCGCUCCAUGGAAAAGGCAGUAAUGCUAAACGCUUCGGUCAUGUACUUCUUGCCGCUGCGAACCUGCAAGCUCGACUUCCCACAGUGAAAUUUAUCUUUCCAACUGCAAGUAAGCGGCGGGCAACGAGGUUCAAAAAGAUGGCCAUCAAUCAAUGGUUUGACAACUACUCAAUUGAGGAUCCGGGAGAGAGGACAGACUUACAAGUCGAAGGUCUCUGUGAGACUGCCGAAUUUAUUCGUGGUUUAAUUAGCGAAGAGGUUCACAUCUUGGGUGCGGGUAGCCAUCGAAAGAUCAUCCUAUGGGGAUUAAGUCAAGGCUGUGCUGCAGGUGUAUUCACUCUGCUAGGUGGCUGGCUCGACGCCAGUGAAGCAAGCACGAUUGGAGCAUUUGUUGGGAUGAGUGGAUGGCUGCCUUUUGAGCAGCAGUUGCACGAAAUUCUCCGAUGCGACUCAGAUUCAGACUCAGACGAUGAAGAGGCGGCCAGGCAACAGUCCAACAUCGAUGAUGAGUCAGACGCAGAUCCAGAUGCCUUCUUGGAUCCUGACUUGGAUGAAAAUCCAUUUAGAAGAAGCAGCCCUUUGCAUGAUGAUUUCGAUCCCUUUGCUGACGACGAGGAAGAACCCUCGCUGCUUGGCCACGCUAUCGGCCAUGUUCGGGAUAUUCUUGAUCUUCCAAUGAUCUCAACAGAGCAAGCGCAACCACAAUCAAGCUUCCAUCAUCUCCAAAUGCCCGUCUUUAUUAGCCAUGGCUCCGAAGACCCAAAGGUUUCUGUGGAAUUAGGCAGAAAUAUGUCUCAUGUUCUUUCAGCCGGUUUUGGGAUGGAUGUAACUUGGAAGGCAUAUGAGGGACUGGGGCAUUGGUAUCGCGUGGAGGACGAGAUCGAGGAUAUCUUGAGAUUUCUUCAGGAUAGGACCGACCUGCCAGUGAAACAAAUGCCACCCCAAGUCCGAUGGGAGUAG